GUCGGGUCCAGCCUGCAGUUAAUGCACAGCCGGGACUCCAGCGCCUCUCCGACAGCGGACCAAGGGUUGGAGCCCCAGACGCUGGGACAGGCGUGUCCUUUCCACGUGUCCACCCGCAGGCCGCCCGCAGACCACCCCCGCCGCGCGCGGGCCACGACGCCCCCCGCAGGAUUCGCCCAUCAGCCCGGAAACCCCUGAGCUGCGUCUCCCACAGACCGAUGCCCAGCCGGGAGCCCCCCAAGACUCGUGGCUCCCGGGGGCACCUGCUGCAGACCCACCCGCCUGGGCCAGGGCCCCCGGUGAGCCUGACCAGGACGGGGUCCUGAGGCCAUGUCUCUAGGCAAAAGAUAUAGUCCCCCCAGUUUGAGGGACUCCGGUUUCCCGACACCCCGAUUUAACUCCAAACCACGACUCCUGUGGCAGUUGCAGAGACUGACGCCUCGAGGCCUCAAAACCAGCGCCCCCCGCCCUCCGUGCCAGCCCCAGCCGAGACCCCACAAGGCAAGGCCGAAGACGAUUGUGUUUGAGGAUGAGCUGCUCUCCCAGGCCCUCCUGGACGCCAAGAAGCCUAUUGGAGUCAUCCCUAAGGGGCAUAUGCCUAGGCCCCACCCAGUGCCCGACUAUGAGCUUAAGUACCCACCGGUGAGCAGUGCAAGGGAACGGAGCCGAUAUGCCGCGGUGUUCCAGGACCAGUAUGGAGAGUACUUGGAGCUCCAGAGGGAGGUGGGGUGCGCACAGGCAAAGCUCAGGCAGCUGGAGGCCCGGCUGAGCUCCCUGCCCCCACCCCAAAGCCAGAAGGAGGCCCAAGUUGCAGCCCGAGUUUGGAGGGAGUUUGAGAAGAAGCAAAUGGACCCUGGCUUCCUGGACAAGCAGGCUCGCUGCCACUACCUGAAGGGUAAACUGAGGCAUCUCAAGACCCAGAUCCAGAAGUUCGAUGACCGAGGAGACAGCGAGGGCUCUGUGUACUUCUGAGUGCCCCUGCAGACAGGCAGAGGGACACGUGGGGAUGCAGGUCCCUGGCUUUUCUUGGUAUCUCUCAGCCAUUCCUCUUGCAGUUCCCCCUGCCAGGGGUAGCUUUCUCCAAAACUGCAAAGGCUUCUUCAUUUUGGACUCAGCUUUGACAGCCCCUCCUCCGGGCAGGCCUCCCAGGACUUCCUCCUCUAGGACCUCUAGCUCUGACCCUACAGGGACUCCAGAUCUCAACCUGUUCCCUGCAAGUAGGUCCUGCUCUCCAUUUCAGUGAAAUAAACACGUAUUAGACACCU